AUGCAUUCCUGCUCUGAUGACGUCUGUAGCGACGCUAAAGACGAGAUCUCGGACGACGGCAGAACGGCAACCCGACAUAUUUUCGUCAAAAUCCAAUCGACUAUUCGCUACUCCACGACAACCACUCUUCGUUUUCCGAGGAGACGAUUUAAAAAAUUCCUUCUGAACGAAAAAAUGAUCUCCGGCUCUGGUGAGGUGGAUCAGUUGCGCCGUUGUCACUCGAGAUCUUGUCAGCUGCAUCAAGACCUGAAGGUGGCACUAAGGCCAACCGGAUGCAAGACUACCGAAAUCGAGAUUGGUGUUGGUAUGAGACGAAUUGAAGAAUCUCUCACUCUAACCUCACUUGCGGACCAAGAGAAAGUUCCCCCAAGAAUGUGA